CUGAAGGAUGUUAUGCGAUCCCCCGAAGGAAGUUGUUCAGUGAAACCAUUUGGUGGUUUGGUUGUUGUACUAGGGGGGGAUUUUAGGCAGAUCUUGCCAGUUGUCCCCAAUGGGAGCCGACACGACAUUGUGCAUGCUUCAAUAAGCUCUUCUCAACUUUGGACAUCAUGCAAAGUUCUGAGGUUGACUAAGAAUAUGAGAUUACAGGGAGGAGCGUCUGGAUCUGAUGCUGAAGACAUCAAGAAAUUUGCAGAAUGGAUACUUAGUAUAGGGGAUGGUACAGCUGGUGAGAGUAUUGGUGAUGGAGAAGCCGAUUUGAGGUUACCAGACGAUAUGAUAAUACGGGAUUCAAGUAAUCCUAUUGCAUCUAUAGUGAAAAGUACUUAUCCAGACGUACUGCAUACCCUGUCUAAUCCAGAAUAUUUUAAGGAUAGAGCUAUCCUGGCCCCAACCAAUGAUAUAGUUGAUUCGAUUAAUGAAUAUGUCAUGUCCUUGAUGCCUGCCAAAGAAAGAGUAUAUCUUAGCUCGGAUAACAUUUGCAAAGAUAAUGGAGAAGUUGACCUCGAUGAUCAAGUCUUUUCAGUUGAGUAUCUGAACACGAUCAAAUGUUCGGGAUUGCCGAGUCAUGAAAUCAAAUUGAAGGAAGGAUGCAUUAUCAUGCUUCUCAGAAAUAUAGAUCCUUCAAAUGAGCUUUGCAAUGGCACAAGGAUGAUAGUCACUAAACUUGGGGCCCGCGUGAUUGAAGCCAAGAUGAUUUCAGGUAAUAAUGCAGGCAAAAAGUUUCUCAUUGCAAGAAUGAUCACGAGCCCCUCGGACUUCACAAAAUUUCCGAUUCGAUUUCAAAGGAGGCAGUUCCCACUAAGUCUUUGUUUUGCAAUGACAAUAAACAAAAGUCAGGGUCAGUCUCUUGCAAAUGUAGGUUUAUACCUACCGAAGCCUGUGUUUACCCACGGCCAAUUGUACGUUGCAGUCUCAAGAGUUACUAGCAAAAAAGGCCUCAAAAUUUUAACAUGUGAUGCAGAAGGACAAACGCACAACACAACUACUAACGUUGUGUACAAUGAAAUUUUUGAUAAACUGUGA